GUUAGUAGAUUAAAAUCAAAAAAUCUAUUUCUACCAUUCUACUUUCUAGACAAUAGAAUAGGACGUAGGUAGUACUAGAUAGAGUACCUAAAUAUAUUCUUUACUUAGAGAUAGCCGACUUUAAUUGUUUUAGGCUUAUUUUGUACUUCUGCAGUAUUAUUAUUUUUUAUUGGAGCUCGCAAUUUGUGCUAAGUGCUAACUGCUCAGUCGCGUUACGCAUGGUUCAGGGUUCUAUGAUUUCAGAUUUGUCAAUUCGGAAAGACACUACAAACUUAUUAUGGAUGUCGUAAAGCUUAUUGGCAAAUAUCUCAAUACAUCAGUGGGAUCUCUAUGCUAUAACACUGACAAGACCCUGACAACAGUGCUAGAUAAAGAAAAUAUUGAAGGUCUUGCAUCCAUUAUCCUGCGGCUAGCUGAAAAGAGUGAUACACUUAUGACACAAGAACAGACAGUUUUAAGUUACCAAUGGUUAGAGUAUAUGGCUAUGUAUGCUAACCAAGCUGUCAAUAAUUCAACACUUGCCAAAAAUUUUCUUCAAGGUAUCAAUAAGGCACUAGAAAAGACUACAUAUUUGACAGGAAAUUAUGUUACAAUAACUGAUAUCACCAUUUAUUAUGUAUUAUAUCCUAUUAUUGAGAGAUUGAGUGGUGCUGAGCAAGAGAACUUCAUGCAUUUGUGUCGAUGGUGUAAGAAUAUUCAAGCACAGCCCAAAGUCUGCACACAUUGCACUCCAUUGAAAUUCAAUACCUUAACCUUAUCAAUCUUAGCUCCAGUGGUGCAUUAAAGUGAAGCAAUUAUUUUUUUAUUUCUCAAUUGUCAAUAAAAUUUAUUGAAUUUGAAUUGAUUUUAGAAGUAUUUGCUACUUUAUAAGAAUUUUAAAUGUGAUAUUUAAAUUUUUGUGUAUUAUGGCUGGAAACUUAGGUUCACAAUAAACUAUAAUUUAAUGAA